GAUGCUUCUUACUUUCCAUUUCUUCCAUUCAUUACCGAAACACAAACGAUGAAGAUGAAGCACGUAGCAUUUCUCGUCUUCUUUGGCUUGAUCUCAGAAGCAUUACUUGGAGCUGGUGAAGCUGUUCAUGAGGCAGUGAUUGAUACAAAAGGCAAGAAACUGAGAGCUGAUGCAAAUUACCAUAUCAUCCCUGCUGUGCCCUUCACCAUAUGCGGCUUUGUUAGCUGUUUCACUGGUGGAGGCCUUGCACUUGGCAGCGUUGAUGAUGAAUCAUGUCCUCUCGAUGUUGUAGUGGAGAAAGCCAAUGAAGGUCUACCACUGAGGUUGUUACCUUUCGACACUAAAAAGGGUGUCAUUCGUGUCUCCACUGAUUUGAACAUUUUUUUCUCCGAUGCUGAUGAAAGAUGUCCGCACCAUUCCACUGUGUGGAGGCUUGAUGACUUUGAUGCCUCUGUCGGUCAGACAUAUGUGACCACUGGUGGUGUUGUCGGAACCCCAAAUCAGCACACAAUUCUGAACUGGUUCAAGAUUCUGAAGUACGAGGAUGCUUAUAAGCUUGUUUAUUGUCCCAGUGUGUGCCCCUCUUGCCACCAUCCGUGCAAAGAUCUUGGAGUGUUUGUGGAUGAGAAUAAUAGAAUGCGUCUGGCACUCAGUGAUUUUCCCUUCAAAGUUAAGUUCAAUCAAAGCUCUUUCCAUUGAAAAUUCAGAGUGAAUACUUGUGUUCAUCAUAAUGAUCCAUGAAUUAGAUUCCUUUCUGAAAAAUAAAUG